AUGAACACAUGGAGACAGCUUGCAGCGUCUUCUAGAGUCCUUUCUAACAGCGCUAAAACAGCUGCUUAUGCAACAAAAGUCUCUCUUCGUCUCGGUUCUUCUACUGUCCGUCCUUUCCUUCAAAAGCAUGCAGGUUUGUUCUCGCCACCUGCCCCUCCUGUAGAAAAGCCAAUGCUUGGGCCAGACAAUUUAUUUCACAAACUUUCCGAGUCACCUAUUCCUGAAUUGCGUGAACGUGGCAGUUACAUAAGCAAAUACGGUGUCUGCCCUGUCUGCGAUCUUCAUGAUCAUGAACACAAGAAGCCGCCUGUUUAUGAGUGUCCCGAUUGUGGAUACCCUACUCAUUGUAGCGAUGAUCAUUAUCACAAGGGGCGUGAAGCCCAUAAAGAGAUCUGCUCAAUUUUGCGGGAGCAGAAUGAAGACGACCAUGACUUGCGCUCCGGACGUACUAUGAAAGAAUUUGAAUUUCCUAGCUCCCAAGGCUUUGAUGAAGCUGUGAACAUGUCCAACUGGGAUGUGUUUUUCUACACCCGCAGUUUCCCUUCAAUGGAUUCCGAUCGUUCAAUGCGCCACGUCUCCAAACUCUUGACUUACCCUGUUACUGUAGCUUCUAUUCUUCACCAGUCAUGCCCAUACAAGCUUGGAAAAGAGAUUACUCCCGAAGGAAUGCGCUCAAUCUCCGCUUUGAGAAGUAUUCUCUACCCUCGUAAUGAGGUAGCAAAGGAUGGACAGACCAUGAUUCGUACUGAGACCAUCAAUCUCUAUGUUGUGGGUGCUCGAGCUGAAGCCAGUCUUCCUCAACAUAUCUGGCUCCAGCUUGCCUACCUUUUCCCGCAGACUCCAUUCCAUAUCCAUUUUGUGGGACCUGAUGCCCUUCCUCUCAACAAAGAACCCUAUACUACCUCUCUCAACGAGCGUGUCUCGUUCACAUACGACAACAGCUUGUAUUCCGAUUAUCACGAGAAGAUUGACAAGUUUGACCCUUAUACUGAUUUGUUUUUCAUGUUCUCACCUGGAAUCGGACAUUCCACUGCCCGUGAUGGUUGGAAAGAGUCGAUCACAAAGGCUUUGGAAACCAAGUGCUCGAUCUUCUUGACAGGCUAUGACCAGGCUGAUAUGCUAAAUGAUAUUGAGGCUGUUGAGCAGGAUUACCAGGGUGAAUUUGACUGGGUUCUCAAACCAACUACCAACGAGUUCAGAAGCCUUAAACGAGAUGUUAAUCUUGCUGAUCUUCGACAGACCAUCUUUGCCAACUGGGGUAUCUGGGGUAUCCGUGGCAAGCGUUAUGAUGUCACUCACCAACCCGAGGAGGAUUAAAGAAUGAAGUUAACAGCAAAGCAAAAAAAAAGGCAACGAUACGAACAAGUGUCUUAAUUGAAUGGUUGAUUCCACAUAUACACAUACACCCACACUCACACCCACCCACCCACACGUACAUACAUACGCACAAAUCUACACAGACACAAAGAGUAAAAAUUAAUGCCUAUGAAAGGUGUUUUUUAAUGUGAGAAUUUCUUGUUAAAAAAAUUAGAAUAUAAGAAACACCCACACCCACACAUAUAUAUAAUUUUAUAUAUAUACAUAUAUAUAUAUAUAUACAUUGACAUGAAAGUAAACCAAAUAUAUCCGGCCUCUUUCUCUUCUCUU